AUGAAGGGCCGCCUCGCGGACGCCAGGGCUGUGUUAGAGAAGACCUCUGCCUCGCCAGAGGAGGCCGCAGAGCCGCUGGCUGACAUCAAGGUUGCCGCAGGGAUUCCGAAGGACCUCGACGGAAACGUGGUCACCGUACCCAAGGAGCGGAACGGUGGUGAGAUGCAGGUGUGGAAGGCGCUCAUCUUUUCCCCAACCCCAGUGAUCCGACGCAUACUGCUAUCGGGCGUCGGCCUGCACUUCUUCCAGCAGGCUUCUGGCAGCGAUUCCGUCGUCCUGUACAGCCCGAGCGUGUUCAAGAGCGCGGGAAUCACCGGCGACAAUAAGCUCCUGGGCGUCACCAAGACGCUCUUCAUCCUGGUGGCCACGUUCCUGCUGGACCGCGUUGGGCGUCGGCCUCUGCUGCUGACCAGCGCGGGUGGAAUGAUCAUCUCUCUCAUCGGCCUCGGGACGGGCCUCACCGUCGUGGGCAUCACCCGGACGCCAAGAUCCCGUUGGCCGUCGCUCUGUGCAUCGCGUCCACCUUGGCCUACGUCACCUUCUUCUCUAUCGGCCUCGGCCCCAUCACGGGACUCAGGGAAAAAGAUUGACAUGGUCUAG